AUGGGCUCCCACCACUCGGCCUCCGCUCGGCCCCCUGCUCCGAGGCGUCAGGCAGAAGGGCCCCGGGAGGACGACCCGGCGGAGCGAGCGCAGGAGGAAGCCAUCGCCCGGUUUCCCUACGUGGAGUUCACCGGGAGGGACAGCGUCACCUGCCUCGCCUGCCAAGGCACGGGCUACAUUCCCACAGAGCAAGUGAAUGAAUUGGUGGCUUUGAUCCCACACAGUGAUCAGAGAUUGCGCCCUCAGAAAACGAAGCAGUAUGUCGUCCUCUCCGUUCUGCUCUGCCUCCUGGCCUCUGGCUUGGUGGUUUUUUUCCUGUUCCCACAUUCAGUUCUGGUGGAUGAUGGCGGCAUCAAAGUGGUGAAAGUCACGUUUGAUAGAGAGGACUCCCUUGUAAUUCUCACCAUCAUGGCCACGCUGAGAAUCAGAAACUCCAACUUCUACCCUGUGGCAGUCACCAGCCUGUCCAGCCAAGUUCAGUAUAUGAACACAGUGGUGGGCACACACACCACCACCAACACCUCCCUCAUUCCUCCUCGGAGCGAGCACAUGGUGAAUUUUACCACGAAGGCUGAGAUGGGAAGACAAUACUCCUAUGUGUACUUCUUUUGCACGCUCCCUGAUAUCCUGGUGCACAACAUAGUGAUCUUCAUGCAAACGUCAGUGAAGAUUUCCUACAUCGGCCGUACGACCCAGAGUUCUUUGGAAACACAUCACUAUGUGGAUUGUGGAACAAAUUCGACAAUUGUUUAAAAACUGCUCUUGGCACUUCCGUGGCAUUGCCUGUCAGAUGUGACCCACACAACGUCUGUGCCCAGGGUCUGGAUUUCUGAACCUACCCAGGUGGUAUCCGUGCGGAGAAAUUGGAUCCCUUACACUCCAGCUCGCAUCCUCCUGCUCUCGGGAGGGCAGCUCCUCUCUGCAGCUCCACUGCCCAGUGCCUUGCCUCUUCCCAGCAAAUAGUAGGCACUCGACGAAUUUGAGUGUUUGAACCUGGAUGAAUUUCAUGUCGAUCGUUCAACUCUUCUUAAGGUGUUCUGAAUGGAAAUUGUUCCAUGAUCCUCUGUUGUCCACUCAUUCAUCCAGUUGCAGAAUUGUUGGGGCCUCAUAUACACAGAAGGGCAACAGGAAGGGAACAUUCGGAAGAAGAAAGCACAGAGCACUUACUGUGUGAAUUUUUUCAUCUGUUUCAAAUGAUCCAAGUUGCUUUGAAAGAAAAGUUUUGGGGGUUUUUUUUGGUAGAAAGAUAAUAGUUGUUUUUAUCAAGAGUCUAUCUAAGGCUUGAUUUACCCUUCAUCCAUUGGCUGGAACAUGGAUUGGGGAAUUUGGUAGAAAAAUAAACCCUGCUUUUGAUUCA